AUGUGGUCCCAACCGUACGACGUGCUCAUCGUCGGCGCCGGCGUCGCAGGCUCUGCGCUCGCCCAGGGACUCGCCCACGCCCCCUCCUCAGCCCGGGACAAGCCCCUCCGGAUCGCCCUCCUCGAGCGCUCGCUCGCCGAGCCCGACCGCAUCGUCGGCGAGCUGCUCCAGCCAGGCGGCGUCUCCGCGCUCCGCAAACUCGGCAUGGACGACUGCCUCGAGGGCAUCGGCGCUGUGCCCGUGCACGGCUACUGCGUCGUCAAGGACGGUGCGAACGUGCAUAUCCCCUACCCCGACGCCCUCGAGGGGCGCAGCUUCCACCACGGCCGCUUCAUCCAGGCCCUGCGUGCCAAGGCCAAGACCGCGCCGGGCGUCGAUGUGAUCGAGGCGACCGUGAACGAGCUCAUCGAGUGCCCGUUCACGAAGCGCGUCCUCGGCGUGCGCGCCACGCGCGAGGGGGAGAAGGAGAGUUUCCUUGCGGACCUCGUGAUUGUCGCGGACGGCUGCUUCUCAAAUUUCCGGAGUGUGGUCAUGGGCAAGGCGGCGGCCAAGUCUGCCACGCGCAGUCAUUUUGUUGGUGCGGUCUUGCAAGAUGCGCGACUACCUAUCCCUCAGCACGGAACAGUCUGCCUGGUCCGUGGUAACGGGCCCGUGCUGCUAUACCAGAUCGAGGAGCACGACACGCGGAUGCUCGUCGACAUCCGUGCGCCGCUCCCCUCAGACCUGAAGGGCUUCAUCCUGUCCAACAUCGUUCCGCAACUUCCCGCCGCCCUGCACGUCCCGAUCCACAACGCGCUCGACAAGGAUCGCCUGCGGCGCAUGCCCAACUCGUUCCUCCCGCCGACAGAACAGGGCGGCACACACACGAAGGAGGGCGUGUUCCUCCUCGGCGAUGCGUGGAACAUGCGGCACCCGCUCACCGGCGGCGGUAUGACCGUCUGUCUGAACGACGCCGUCAUCCUGACUGAGAUGCUCAGCGAGCUGCGGGACCUGCACGAUUGGGACGCGGUGAGCAACGUGCUGCACCGGUGGCAUUGGAGAAGAAAGGGCCUUGCGGCAACGAUCAACAUUUUGAGUGUCGCGUUGUACGACUUGUUUGGUGCAGAAGACGACGCGCUGGAAGUCCUCCGUACGGGUUGCUUCAAGUACUUUGAGCGAGGCGGCGAGUGCGUCCGCGGGCCCGUCUCGCUGCUCUCGGGAAUCGCCCCGGACCCGAUGCUCCUCGCGAACCACUUCUUCUCCGUCGCGCUGUACUCCAUCUGGAUCCUGUUCACGCACCCGCGCGCCGUGCGCGAGCCGGGGCGGCACAAGCCCAUCCACGCCAUCCCGCGUAUUGACGAGUACCCCGCUCUAUUUAUCAAGGCUAUCCGUGUUUUCUGGACUGCGUGUGUGGUGUUCGGGCCGCUGCUGUGGACCGAGAUCAAGUGGUGGUGA